AUGUCAGAGUUGAUCACAACAACUGCUAAUAGUAACACUACCAACACCAACACGGGCAUGACACUGACCGUGGAUCCCGUGAGCAACAAGAUGGUGUUCCCAGCAGACUUCUGUCCUGGAAUCCACUUUGUGAUUUGCGGGCGUGGAAAGAAGUCUUAUGGUCACAUGGGCAACAAGCACUUUGUCAAGGAGAUUGUGUCUCUCCACUUGGAAGACUACUCUUACGCCUCCACCAAGUUGGCCAAGUCCGCCAUUGUCCAAGCCAUUGUCAACCAAGUCGAAGCCAAGGGAGGAUUCAUCCGAUUCGAUACACGACUCCAGCGCUAUGUCAAAGCCGAAGACAACAUUGGACGCGAAAAGACGUCGCAGUGUCUCCGCGAUGGACUCAAGAACAAGUACAAGUCCAGCAAGGAAAUCAAAAAAGAGAACCGUCGUCAGAAACGAUUGGCCGAGGAAUCCGAAGAAGAGCAGAGCGUGGAACUUGCCAAGCCAGUCGAGCUGAAGACGUACUUGAAGCAACUUCAAUUCUCUACUAAGUCUGCGAGCUGUGAAAGUCCCACCACUGUCAUGGACUUGAUCCACCAUCUUCGCUUGGCGGAAGUCUUGCGCUUGCCAUUGACCAACGGAACCUUUCCUCCUCGUACUGUUAGCAUUCAGUCGCAGCUACUACAUGAACCUUCGGUGGAAGACGAUACUGCUCGUGAUGAUGAUGUUUCGGAAAUCACCACGCAGAAUCUUCCAACCAUCUUUCAUGCUACUAUGAUGAAUGCCCACUAUGCUAACAACAACAACAACAUGGCUGCCACCGCCGCCACGGAUCCCCUCGAUCAACUUUUGGUUGAUGAACUCGGAGAGUAUUCUUCCGAGACCAUGACCACCGUUGAUCCCAUCCAGUUCCUCUAA